UUCUCUGCAUUUCACGCGGACUUUUAGUUUUGAUACAGUUGUCUCGUUUCAGGAAGAAGAGUUUUCCAUCAUCCCUUAGUUGCGGCUUGCGGUUAAUAGUUUCGUUAGCCCUACUUCACUGCAUUCUGCAAUAUCUUUUUCAUGGGUGUAUUCGUAUCCAAAACGAACGGCACCGUCAUGGAAGUGGUUCAGUCUGGCAAAAAGCGUCCACUGGAGGACUCAGCAGAAUCGUCGCAGGAGACAACCAAAAAGCCUAAAGGAGAAUUGGAUCGCUUCCGUCCGACGAACCUCUACGACCGUCAGAUCCGCUUAUGGGGAUGGGAAGCCCAGCAGCGCCUGAUGAAAUCCCGCUUGUUGAUGUACGGCCUAAACGGCACCGGGGCCGAAGUGCUGAAGAAUCUCCUCCUCGGCGGUAUCCGCUACAUCACGGUCCUCGAUGCCGCCAGUGUCACCGAGCCCGAUCUCUCCACCAACUUUUUUCUCCGCAAACAGGACGUCGGUCUGAAUCGGGCAGUGGCCAGCGCGGACCGUGCGCGGGUCCUCAAUCCGAUGUGCACGUUGGAAGUUUUAGACGGCGAUGUCACUAUCAUCAACACGGAACUCGUCAAACACUUUGAUCUCGUCCUGGUCAACGGUGCCAGUAUCAAGGAUGCCGUGCACAUCGCGGGUGUGUGCCGCUCCCUGCACAUUCCCGUGUAUAUUUCCCAGAUGCUAGGGUUCCAUGCCUUCUUCGUCAACGAUCUUAACCAGCUGGAUUUUGAGAUUCCGCCGAGUAAACCGAAUACCGCGGCGGCCCCCAAGGCGGAUGCCAAGAGCAACGGUACUACGGCAUCGACCAGCAAGAUGUCCAACGGUGAAGCGGAAGUUUGCACUUUUACGGAGGAUAGCGUCAAUACUGAGCCGCAGACCCUGCACAUUACCGUCACGCCGCUGGAGACGCUGCUAUCAUCCGCAGCGGUGCAGCGCUCUGGUGCGGCCUGUCCCAUGCCCAAGCGCUCGCUGGGCAUGAAGCGCAUUGAUCCGUAUUUGAACAUGGAGAUGGUGCUGUUGUUUGUGGAACAGUAUGGACGCUACCCGGCCUACCAGACCGUGGAGGAUGAUCUGCCGAAAUUGCUGGAGAUUGUCAAAGGGCUGCAGAAGGACGGCGACACCCGGGUGCUGGAGCCGGCAGAGUUCUUGAAACCGGAUACGAAUUUCGCCUGUGCAGUGUUCGGGGCGACGUUGGCGCAGGAGCUGAUUACGGUGCUGACGCGCCGCGGGUAUCCCAUUUUUAAUCUGUAUUAUCUGGCGGCGAUGGAUGCGAUGGGCAGCCGCGAGUAUGUCCAGUAAGGGAUGGCUUUGUAUUGAUUGCUCUCUUGUUUCUUCGAAGUUUUAUUGAGCUGGUUUUUUAUGGCGGUUUUGUGCGUGGUAGUGCUUUUGAGUGUUUGAAGUUUUCCAUAAGAAUCUUGCUGUCGGUUACAAUUUUUUAUUAUUUUUCAGUAAGAAAGUUCAUGCCCGCAUAUCAUCAGGAAUAUUGAACGAGUGCUUAAUUUUAUUGUUCGCUCGAGUAAAGACGCAGGAGUUUGA